AUGACAGUGGAGGAGAAGGUGGGGCAGAUGAUGCAGAUAGACGAGCGCGCGCUGGGAUACGGAGGCAACAUUACAGUGUACCAUAUCGGAUCAGUUCUUAGUGGGGGAGGGGCAUGGCCACAAUACGCCCCCAACACCCCAACAGCAUGGGCAGACAUGGUCGAUAACUUCCAGGCCAAGGCGCUUAACACGCGGCUGCGGGUGCCGGUGCUGUACGGAGUAGAUGCAGUGCACGGGCAUAAUAAUGUGCAGGGGGCGACUAUCUUCCCCCACCACGUGGGGCUGGGCGCUGCUGGGAAUGCGAGUCUCGUAGAAGAAAUCGCUGCUGCUGUUGCGAAAGAGGUGGCAGGGACAGGAGUGCGAUGGACCUUUGCUCCUGCCGUCACCGUGUGCCUCGAUCCCCGCUGGGGCCGCUGCUAUGAGAGCUAUGGGGCGGACCCAGGGCUUGUAACAGAGCUUGCUAUAGCGGAGAUACGUGGAUGGAUGAAAGUGCCUCCCGAGGCAGGGAAGUUUCCAGGAAGCGUCUUCAUGGCGCCAACAGCAAAGCACUACGUGGGGGAUGGGGGCACGAGGGGAGGCGUGGACCGGGGGGAGACGGUGGGGGGGGAGGCGGAGCUGAGGAAGGUGCAUCUGCUGCCGUACGUGGCGGCUGUUGCGGAGGGCGUUUCGACGAUCAUGGCGAGCUACAGCAGCUGGAAUGGUACCAAGAUGCAUGGCAAUGGCUAUCUCUUGACGGACGUGCUUCGCAAGGAGCUUGGCUUUGUGGGUCUCAUGGUGUCUGACUGGGAGGCUCUCAAGGAACUUCCAGGAAGCUACGAGGAUCAGGUGGCCCUGGGGGUCAACUCGGGUCUCCAUAUGAUCAUGGUUCCUAACGACUUUGCCAAUUUCUCAGCCACACUCACCGCUCUAGUCAACUCGGGGCGCGUUCCCAUGUCGCGGAUCGACGAGGCCGUGUCGCGCGUUCUCUCCCUUAAACACUCCCUAGGGGAGCCACCUUAUGCCGAGUACAAGGGGGAUAAUCAGCAGCUGGAAUUGAGCGGCCCUGCCCGAUCGACAAUUUUCGGAAUUUGCGGGCGGAUUCCUUGCGUUGUGGUGGUGGUUUCCGGGCGGCCGUUGAAUGUUACGGGAAUGUUACCGCAUCUAGACGCGUUAAUAGCCGCGUGGUUACCCGGGUCGGAAGGAGGGGGUGUGGCCGACGUGUUAUUUGACGAGGCGGUGGAUUUCAAGGGUAAAUUACCCUUGCCGUGGUUCCGUUCUGUCAGGGAUCUGCAGCCGGAUCACUCUUGGCCUAACCCCCCUUUGUUCCCCAUGGGGUUUGGGCUGAGUAAGACUGGUGAAUCAAUAGGUAACAGGGAGGGAGGCGAGGGGCCACCAUAG